AUGGCGCGGUCAGCAUCGCUCGAGCGGGAUGGCGAGGUCGCAGACAGCCUGGUCGAGGGUUCGCGGCGGCAGUACUUCCUUGGGACAGCCAUGCUCGUGUUGGUCGUGCUGAUGUGGACGUCGGCGAGCUUCUUGAUGAAUAUCAUGUUCACCGACAUGAACUACGACAAGCCCUUCCUCGUCACCUGGCUCUGCACGGCCUCCUUCUCCCUCUACCUCGUCCGGCCCGCGUGGAAGUACUGGCGAACACGGCAACUCCCUCACGGCCACGCGACACUCGCCUUCCCUCCCCAUUCCCUCUCCCGCACGACGUCAAAGAGCAGCGUAGACGGCAUCCUCCGACCACCCCUAUCUCGACGAAGAGACACGAAUCGAUCGCUCUCGCGCCCUCGUCCCUCUCGCAACGACAUGGGACGGUACCUCCCCGUCCUCCCCGUCGAUCCGCCUCUCACGACUCGCGAUACAGCACUCCUUGCCUUCCUGUUCUGCGGACUUUGGUUCUGCGCGAACUGGGCGCUCAAUGCGGCGCUCGGAUACACGACCGUCAGUAGCACGACCAUCCUCAGCUCGAUGUCGGGCUUCUUUACCCUAGCGGCAGGUGCUUGCGCUGGCGUCGAGAGCUUCUCGGUCGGUAAGAUCAUGGCCGUUGUGCUCAGCAUCACAGGCGUAACAAUCGUCUCUCUUGGCGACUCGAAGAUGCCGACGUCUCCACCUGUCACCCCACCCCCCGCUAGCGAUUCCGUCGGGGUCUUCAAUGCUCCUACACCCUCGAACCCUCUCCUCGGCGACGCCCUCGCCCUCCUCUCCGCGCUCGCCUACGCCGCCUACGUCCUCCUCCUCAAAGUCCGCAUCCGCAACGAAGCCCGCAUCUCGAUGACCCUCUUCUUCGGCUUCGUCGGCAUCUUCAACAUCCUCCUCAUCUGGCCCGUCGGACUCUUUCUCGACCGGAUCGGCGUCGAGAAGUUCGAGUUCCCGCACGGCAAGAUGCUGUGGGCAAGCUUGCUCAUUAACGCAGGCAUCACCUUUGUCUCGGACGCCCUCUACCUCCGCGCCAUGCUCCUGACCUCCCCACUAGCCGUCACCCUCGGUCUAUCUCUCACCAUCCCCCUCGCUCUAGCAGGCGACAUCCUGUACCGCCGCUCUGGCGAACCCAUCUCGCUCGCAUCCCUGUUGGGCGGGCUGCUCGUCCUCGGCAGCUUCGUAGCGAACGGCGUGCUGGAUUUGAGGGAAGCGGAGAGGCAGAGCGAGGAGUUGGUGGAGGAAUUGGAAGAUGCGGAGGAGCGCGGACUUGGAGUCGAGCCGGAGAGGGAGCGGUUGCUGGGAGUUGAAGAGGAAGACAGGCUACCGGGGCCUAGUAGACGAUUAGACUAG